UCAAUAGCACACGAAACUAGCUAACACUUACAAAAUACGGCGAUAUAAAAAAUUCUUUCGACAAGAAAACAUAAAGUCGGAAAUUUUUAUUACGUACAAAUUAUAAAAUUAGUUAUUGAUAGAAAAAAAAAGUGCUAUAGUAUUAAGCUCAUUAUAAGCAAAAAGUUAAAGUCGAUUAGUUCGAAUUCAUGUGAGCAGAAAAAUUAAAAAAAGGAGGAGCCGAUUUAAGCGACAGCAACAAAGAAGUCGCCACAAUCUUCAGUUGCAGCUCUCAUUUUUUGAGUGGGGCGAGGAACUCACACGCACACCAAUACAAGCACACGCGCCAACAAGCCCACACACUUAUAUACGCAUACACUUAAAAGACUUACGACUGCAAUUGUAAACAUCGACAGGCACUACGGAGCGAGCGAAGUCAAAUGACGGAAUACAAGUUAGUUGUUGUUGGUGCCGGUGGUGUUGGCAAAUCGGCGCUAACCAUACAACUUAUUCAAAAUCAUUUUGUGGAUGAAUAUGAUCCCACAAUUGAGGACUCAUAUCGGAAGCAAGUGGUUAUUGAUGGUGAAACCUGCUUGUUGGAUAUUCUGGACACCGCCGGUCAAGAAGAGUAUUCUGCAAUGCGUGAUCAGUAUAUGCGCACCGGUGAGGGUUUUCUGCUGGUGUUUGCUGUGAAUAGCGCUAAGUCUUUUGAAGAUAUUGGCACAUAUCGCGAGCAAAUCAAACGAGUCAAGGAUGCCGAGGAGGUGCCAAUGGUGCUUGUGGGCAAUAAAUGUGAUCUGCCUUCGUGGAAUGUGCAAAACGAACAAGCACGAGAGGUGGCCAAGCAAUAUGGCAUUCCAUAUAUCGAAACAUCAGCCAAGACGCGCAUGGGCGUCGAUGAUGCAUUUUACACAUUGGUGCGAGAAAUACGCAAAGAUAAGGACAACAAGGGACGAAAAGGACGCAAAACGAAUAAGCCGAACCGUAGAUUUAAAUGUAAGAUGCUCUAAAUGGCCUCACAUUGGUUUUAUUAUUAUUUUUUUUUUGUCAUUAACGCCUGUCCGGUUUGUGCGUUGUGUGUGUGUCUGUGUGUUUGUUGAGUGUGCUAGAUAAAUGCAACAGUUUUUAUAUUUUGUUGUGCUAUUUGUCAGUGCGGCAUUUAGUUUACGCACGACAACACAUGCGCACACCCACACGCACACACUCGCACAAGUACAAGUGCGCGUGUUAGGUUGGUGCAAUUGAUGGGAGGAUGAACAAAAUUGUAAUUAAUUUAAGCAACUAAAGUUUUAUUGUAUGUCAAAUCAUUUUAUGUUCAACUUGUGUGUGUCGUUUUAAAAUGUUUUGUGGCGCCCUUUUAAGAUUAUUAAUAAUGCGCGUACACGUAAAAAAAAAAAAAAAAAAAAAACUAUGAAUUAAAAAACUAUUGUAACUGCCUUGGUUAAGCUAUUGCGAUAGCGCAUCUUGGAAUAACCAUUUGUUUUCAGUGAGCACAAAAGUAAACAAAAUUUAAAACCAUGUUAUUUGUGUGUGUACCGUGAUUAAAACGAUAUACGAUAUUUGUAUGUAAAUGUUUAAUUUUUGUUUAACUGAAAGGCCUUGUAACACGUAUCAUUUUAAGAAUAAGGAUAUAUAUCCUUAUAUAUCUAAUGUCAACCGCGUUCAAUUUCGUUCCCUCCUACAAAUACACUCACACACGCACAAACACAAUUCCAUUACAAAAUUUCCACAUGAAAAGAGAAAUGAAAAUUUAAUGAAAAGCUCACUGUCGUAUAUAUUUUUUGUGGUGCUAAAUUCAACAACUAAUACCAGCACAAUAUGUAUGAGUUAUUUAAAAAGAAAAAGAAAAAAAAAACGAAAUAAAAAAUAUUAUUUUUUCUACUUAUCUUACUGAACGAUCGAUCAGCUAUCUAGCUUAUGCAAAGCUCUCUUUAGACUUAAAAAUCAGACAAAAAAUUGAAUCGUAUAUAUAUUAUAUACAUGAUUCAAUUGACUUCAUGCACCUUACUCACAUAUGCAAUUAUUAUUUCAGUUUACAAAUAAAGAGAUUUGCAUAAGCUAGACUGAACUAGGUAUGUAGUAGAUAAAUGCUGCAUUACGCAACAAGCAGCCAAUUACAUACACAUAUAUAGUUUGCUUUAAGCUUUUUAUACAUACAUAAAUUAAUAUUUAAUUUUUUUGUAUUCAUUUUUGCCAUACAAAAAGGAAAGUAAUAAAUCAAUUGUGUGUACUAUUUAAA